ACUGUCAGCCUGCGACAUUCACGCCUCCAAAAUGGCAGCCGGCAGGGUGUUCGCAGCUUCCAGGGUCCUGCUAUCGGCUGUCCCGGGGAAAGCUGGAAUCAGGCAGCAGGUGUUGCCUGCUUCAUGGACUCAACGCAGAGAUUCAUCGCAACACAUGAUACCUCCACCUGCAAAGUAUGGAGGAAGACAUACCGUGACUAUGAUCCCUGGGGAUGGCAUUGGUCCAGAACUUGCCCUACAUGUGAAGGAGGUUUUCAGACAUGCCUGUGUGCCAGUGGAUUUCGAGGUGGUGAACGUGAACUCCACGGCUACCGAUGAAGGAGACAUUCAGAACGCCAUAACCGCCAUCCGAAGGAACAGGGUGGCUCUUAAAGGUAACAUCGAGACAAACCAUAACAUGCCACCAUCUCACCGGUCUCGGAAUAACCUGCUUCGUACCAGCUUAGAUCUUUACGCUAAUGUUAUCCACUGUCAGAGCUUGCCCGGGGUGCAGACCCGCCAUAAGGACAUCGACAUCCUAAUUGUGCGGGAGAAUACGGAGGGAGAGUACAGCAGCCUGGAACAUGAGAGUGUGUCCGGCGUGGUGGAGAGUCUGAAGAUCAUCACACGGACUAACUCCCUGCGCAUUGCAGAAUACGCUUUCAAACUGGCACGAGAGAACGGAAGGAAGAAGAUCACGGCUGUACACAAGGCCAACAUCAUGAAACUUGCGGACGGACUGUUCCUUCAAUGCUGCAAGGAGGUCGCUUCUGGUUACCCAGAUAUUACUUUUGAGAGUAUGAUUGUAGACAACACCACAAUGCAGCUUGUGUCCAACCCCCAGCAGUUUGAUGUUAUGGUGAUGCCUAACCUGUAUGGGAACGUAAUUAAUAAUGUCUGUGCUGGACUUGUCGGUGGCCCUGGCCUUGUACCUGGAGCUAACUAUGGAAACGUGUAUGCUGUAUUUGAAACGGCGACCAGGAACACCGGGAAAAGUAUAGCCAACAAGAACAUUGCAAACCCUACAGCGAUGCUCCUGGCCAGCUGCAUGAUGUUAGACCAUCUAAAGUUGCACACUUACGCUGCCUCCAUUCGUAAAGCUAUUCUGGGCAGUAUGAAUGAACAUCGGAUGCACACUCCAGAUAUAGGGGGUCAGGGUACCACCUCCGAAGUGGUGCAGUCCAUUUGCAGGCAGAUUAUUAUAAAGAAUGGACGUGCAGUGACCAUAUGAGAGAGGAUACUGACCCCACGAAGUUAACCAUGUGUGUUCCGCGCUCCGUGACUCCUCCGCCAUCGCCUGCUCCUUACAAGCCCUCAGCUCCUCUGUUACAUAAAGUUUCUAGGUGUGAACACUCCUGUAUUAUUCUCUUUGACCCUGGACCCCUCUGUAGCUGAUUGGCUUCAGUACACUAUGCUCUGCGUGCAGCUAUCUGUCCGUGUGUCCGUCCGUCAGGUCACAGUAUGUGUAAGCUCUGAUUUGUCAUCCUAAAAUAAAGAGUUUAAUAAACCAGA